AUGACGAUGUUUCUUGGACUGCAAGUGCCUCAGGAUUCUUCGGCUAUUCUACUGCAUCAGGGCAAAUAUAUUGAUGACAUUUUGGAGAAAUUCGGGUUCAAGGAUGCUAAAAUUGCUUUGACUCCCAUGGUUGAGCGACUACUGCUGACAUCAGAUCCAGAUGGAGAAUCAGCUGAUCAAACUCUAUAUCGAUCCAUGAUUGGUUCUCUGAUGUACCUUAAAGGGAGACCUAAAUUGGGUCUCUGGUAUCCUAAAAAUCUUGAAUUUGAUCUCAGCAACUAUGGAGGUUGUGACAUUGACAUGAAAUCUACAAGUGCUGGUCAUCUGGAUGCAAUAUCAAUUGCUGGAUAUGGUUUGAAUUUUCUUGACACUCCUAUCAUCUGUGAUAAUGAUGUUGCUAUUCAAAUUGUUAAAAUUCCAGUUUAG